AUGAGUAAUUUAUCAUUAGGGAAACAGUAUGAGUUAUUAUAUUAUACUCCACAAUUACAACAUUUGAUCAUGAAAGAAUUAAAUCCAUCAUUUAUUUUACCAGAACAUAUUCGUUCUGUUACCUUGACCAAAAUUGAUGAAUCAAUUUUUGUUAAUACAAUUUUUGAGAUGUUUUCAUCUGUUGAAAAUCUUCAAAUUGAUAUGAAAUCAAAAUAUAAAAUCUUUGACUUAAUCGAUCGAUUAUAA